AUGGCGUACGUUUUGGGAGCGACACUACAACAAGGCGAAGAUGACACCGUUGAAAUAAUACAAGACUGCACGUCAUCUUCAACUACUGAUACAAAAUUAUCUGAAGAACAAAAUUUUAAUUUGUUCAAAAAGUUGGAAGUGUAUCCAUGCCUGUGGGACUCAAGCAAAGUCGCAUAUCAAAACAAAGCUCAAAGGCAAAAGGCGACAGCGGAAAUUUGUGAAAUGUUUAAUCUUCUUUCAGCAACUUUUAAACGC